AUGGGCGUCCCUCGAGGGAUUUUCCGUGCACGCACGCUGGUCGGCGCUCUGAUUAUCGCCUCAUUUAUCAUCUGGAAUUACUCGCAAUGGACCCCUAGCGCUAGCCGCUCUGCCUCCGAUUACAGCCUCGGCAGCUCCACACAGACCCCUCCCGACUUAACAGCAGCGCACCAAAGAUUUUGGAGGACCUUCCAUGGGUAUUUGGAGAAAUAUGGGCCAGACGUUAAUGCCGUGGUCGAGGAUGAGAAGGCGCCGACCGAGGGUUUCAAAGUGAAGGAUGCAGCCCCACGCCCAGACUUCGUAAAGAUUGCUUCGGAGGAUGUCACAACAAUGAAGGAGGCACACACUGGAUUCAUAUCUGCCAUUACAAGCUCGCCACCCCAGUUACAAUACAUUCCCGGUACCAGGGGUGUGGUAUCAACCGCUGGCGGUUCUUACCUACCGGUUCUGGUUAUAUCACUACGCAUGCUUCGCCGGACGGGAUCAACGCUACCAAUGGAGGUUUUCUUAGCAGACGAGAACGAGUACGAGGACUACAUUUGUGAUACGGUUUUGCCAUCCCUAAAUGCGCGAUGUAUUGUGCUAUCUCGAAUUCUGGUAGCAGCGCCCGCCAAGAUCGAAAAGUAUCAAUUCAAGCCUUUUGCGAUGCUCUUCUCUUCCUUCGAGGAAAUUCUUUUUCUGGACGCAGACGCAUUUCCUCUUGAGCAACCUGAAGCCCUGUUCAAGGGUGAACCAUUCCGUACCAAGAACAUGGUCACCUGGCCUGACUUCUGGGCAUCUUCGGCUUCGCCUCUCUUCUAUGAUAUUACCGGUAUACCAACUCCAGACAUGAACUUGCGCCAAUCUACAGAGUCUGGCGAAGUACUUAUUUCCAAGAAGACGCAUAUGGGCACCCUUUUGCUGUGCACAUAUUAUAACUAUUGGGGUCCCUCACACUAUUACCCGCUCCUGUCGCAAGGAGCGGCCGGCGAGGGUGACAAGGAAACAUUUGUUGCAGCUGCGAAUGCAAUGAAUGAGCAAUUCUAUCAAGUCAGCGAGUCUAUCUGUGCACUCGGCCAUAGGAAGGAAGGAGGCAUGGCAGGCUCUGCGAUGGCUCAGUUCAAUCCAAUGCAGGAUUAUGCGCUUACAAGCAAAGGGAGUUGGCGCGUUCGUGGCGACGAGGCACCUGCUCCAGAUGUCUUCUUCAUUCACGCCAACUUCCCCAAAUUCAACCCCGCGACAGUCUUUGAAAAGCAUGAGGUCAACCCUGCGUUCCUCGAUGACGGUACUUACACUCGUGCCUGGACAAUUCCUGAAGACGUUGUCGGUCGAUUCAGUGCCAAAGUUGAUAUCGAGAAAGAGUUCUGGCGAGAGAUUCUCUGGACGGCUUGCGAGCUAGAACACAAGUUUGUCUCGUGGGAUAACUACAAAGGCAUAUGUGCUGGCGUUAAAAAUUACUGGCACAAUGUUUAUGAGUCUAAUGGGCUUCCAACUUGA